AUGCACAUCGGCAGACGUCGUAUUGUAGCGCGCAAUGGCCUAUUCGUGAUUCCAGCGGCUCGACUUUGGCGAUCAUGUCGGGGGAGUAGUACGUACAGCGUGCAGGCACCCGUCUGGUUGGACAGCUCGGUAGUGGGCAUCGUAGAUCAGGCCGUCCGUCUUGUUCGCAGAUGUGUUGCCACGGGAUCGUUGGUUGGCAAAGGGCCUGCUCGAGCUCGAGAGCCGCGGGGAAGUUCGGCACUCGAAGCCGAGCAAGGCUCAGCAAGCUUCCAAACAUCAACGCCCACAGCCCGCACUUGUCGCGAUCUCAAAGCCCGAGCUCGCGAUCUGAAGCUUGACACUCUCAAGAUGAGCGAGCCUCGCCCUCCCUCGCGCGCCUCCACCGACGCCGGCGCCAACCGGUGCAGUCCUGGAUGGCUUUGGCGCACGAUCAUGUCACUGAAGGACACCUGCAUAAUCGGCGCUGCGCCCUCAACGCCAACGCUAGAAUCUGAUACCACGGUCUUCAGAUUAUUCGAUCUUCCUCGAAUGCUUGGUCACAACAUCUAUGGUUUUUUGGCUCAUAGAGAGGUAGGUGGUGUUGUCGCUCAGGAAAAGGGAGUCAUAGGUGCAUUUGAGAGCGUACGAGUUUUGCAGCAUUUGUGGGCGUUCAGCAGAACCAUAGGCCAGACGAAGAAUAGAGCACUCUCAGUUACCCAGCACAUCUCAGUUAUUCGUGAUCAUCAGAUCCCCAGCAGAAUCAGCAGUCUACAGCAUAACAGUACUCAGUCAGCACAGAGAUCUAGCAUUGCCCACGGUGGCCGACCACACGAACCCAACGACUUCCGAUACAAGCGCGUUCGAUCCGACACGCCCAGCACGUCCCUAGAACCUUCGCAAGGCAUAGAAAGAGCACGAGGGAAAACCCGGGCAGCGGGAGGCUCGCCUCGUGUGGUUGCAGGCUGCGCUGGAUGCACAGAAGUUCAGCUUCGUGGCACCGCAUACGCACACGCGCAUAGACGCGAAAAACAUCUGAGCGACACAGAAGAUCUGGUUACCUCAUACACCGCUCUCGGGCAAGGCGAAGAAGAAGCUCCCACGAGCCUUGCGGCCACCGCGUCGGAAAGUGACAGUGGUCGGUCGCCAGAGGAAGAAUCACGGACUGGACAGCUGGAUGACAGCCCUACAAAGCGCUUCCCCUCGAGUCCUCUAUCACCUGGAGGGCGACCGUCGUUCCACGCUCCCCAUCCGCCCAUGAAAGAACUCGACAGGCACACCGAUCGCUACUCCGCAGAGACCACCAAGACCUGCACCAGCGUCUUCGGAGUCCUCAGUAACAACACGAUCAUCCCGCACAAGCACAAGCACCAUGGGGAUGGCGGACCAACAGCCACCGACCUCUCGGCAUUACAGCUUUCGAAUAAUUGCAGACGAUGGAUCAGCAGGUUCAGUAGGCAACAAAAGAUCGUAUCUUCAACGACGAAGAGCUGGCUUGAGGACUUCCACAUGAUGCUUACUUGGCAAUGGACACUGGUACUGCGAUGUCCGGUCCGAUUGAAGAAGACGUCUGUGCCCAAGCUACAUACCCUGGCAAAUCGCGAGCACCGAAGAACAAUGGCACCGCCAUGCGCGAAUUGGCAACCAUCGAAUGAGGUGAAAACGAAGCUGUCGAAGAACACCAUGUCCGUGUGCUUGGGUUGUUGCGCAGCUCCCGCACCACGGGUGCCACAAACUCGGCCUGAUGGACAAGAGAAAGCUGCUGAACUGAAGUCAUGCAGAACGCUGAAGAGUGCCAUCGGGCUCGGCAAUGAGAUUGCGGAACACGAGGGGCUCACCAUAGCACGACAAUCCACAGUCACUGUCUUGAGGCGUCAUGUAGAAGCUCCAGUCUACUUCCAGCCGCAGCCAUCGACAUUUCAGCCAAACAGGCACCAUCAGGUCUUCUCGCCUCCGCCUAGCAUGACACCCCCGCACAGCAGCAGCGGCAUCGGCCACCCCCGCAACGAUUACCAUGACAGUACACGACUUCGCAGGACACCUUCCGGCCAGCACGCCAACCAGGGAGCCAAUUUGGAUUUCCACAAUGCCCGAACUUCGAUCCAACGCACUCUGGCUAUAAGAUUGUCAAUGGAGCGCCCUUGUACCGGCAUAGCUGGGAAAUCCUUUGAGCGCGAUAUGCAGGAAUCGAGGCCGUUCGGGUACCGAGUGAACAUGCAUUGGAUUGCCUGGGGACCAGACACGUUUUCUGUAUCCUUGGCGAGGGAGCGGAACAAUGCCUAUCAUCAGAACAACUCAAUCAAUCGGCCACCCAUGAAUGACCAGCAGCCUCCGCAGACGCCACGGGCACCUGGCAUGCAGCCAGACUCCGCGAGAAUGCAGAACAAAAGUCACAAUGCGUCGCUCCUUAUGGCAGAGUCACCAGACGAGACACCUGCAUCACCAGCCAUAAUGAUUGAUGAAGAGAUAUCAGAUGCAGCGCGAGGCGUAGAGCAACGCCCGAUCAAGGAACUCAGGCGAAAUCAUCCAAUGAAGCCGAUCAAAGCCAUGUUCCAUUCAGCGCCUCCAGAUGCAGCCAACCUCCCAGAGCAGGUCGAGGUCAAGCUACCAUUGACUUGGCUUCGACGAGCGGUUGAGCGACGAGACCAGGCGCUUGUCCUCGCAGCCGCGCUUUCGUGGGCCAAAACAAAGGAGAAGUCCUUGGAAGUCAUCACUGAGGGCACUGGAUGGGGACCCCCAGCCGCACCAGAAGAGCCGGCCGGGCAGCGAUACGAUCCUAAUUAUGUGUUUGCUGUCCAAGCGCCACAAGCUCAGUCUGUGAGCACUGGAUAUCUUGCACCACACGAGCGGAUACUGCAAGCCCACGUCAAUGCCACUGAGACGAAGAAGCAGGAUCCAACGAACAACGCGGACAGCAGCCAGAACCUCCUCUCUGCUAAGAAGCUUAGAAAACCGGACAGCACUCGUUUCGCAGCUGGCGCCAAUAAAAUCAGCAGUGCAGUGCACUCGUUCAUGACCCGCUUUCAGAACAGACUGUGCAAGGACAACGCGUCUGCGUUCCGGCAUCCAUUUGGCUCAGGCACCAAAGGGAAGACGAGCACGCCGCAGCGAUUCUUGACAGGCCGUAGCCGCAGACCAACGGUUCCGACAUCAAGCUCAUCUAUCCGCACCUCCGCCAGGCGCUAG